AUGUUUGAUUUUGAAGUUGCUUGUUAUUCAAAAGGAGUUAAAUUUGCUAAUUCUCUUUGCAUUAUUUUAACAAUCAGUUGGAAUAGUGUAGCUUAUUGGCGUUGGGAUGUUUCGAAUGAGGAAGUAUGUGGAAUUUGUAGAAAUUUAUUUGAUGGUUGUUGUCCUGCUUGUAGAAUACCUGGCGAUGAUUGUCCACUCAUAUGUGGAGAAUGUACACAUGUAUUUCAUAUGCAUUGUUUGUUGAAAUGGCUUCAGACUGAAGGAAGUCGCGGCAUGUGUCCUAUGGAUCGUGGAACUUGGGGUAAUCUACCUUCACCUGUUGAUCAUAUAAUUUACGAUGAUUUACAAGAAAUACAAAUAAUUAAAAAUGAUCCAAUUGUAAAUGAUCAAAGUGAUGGCAUUGAUAAAGAUGGGAAUGAAGAUUAUAUAGAAGAAUAUGUAGGGGAAGAGUAUGAAAAAGGUGGUGAUAGUGGUGAUAAUAAAAGUUACGUGAUAGAAAGAGUCGAAGAAGAAAUAAAAACACAACAAGAUGUUGGUGUUGUUGGUAGUUGCGGUGGUUUUGAUGAGGAGGCACAGUCUGAACAGACUUUUAGAAAGCGAAAAACUAAAAAUUAUUAUGAAAAGCCAAAGGUUAUAAAAGAUUUGGAAUGGUUGAAAUUUCGUGAAUGGUUAAAUCAACAAGGGUUUCCAAAGACCAAGUUAACAUUAGCAGAAUUUAAAGAAUUUAAUAAAUUUAAUAAAAGUUAUGAAAUAACAACAUACGAUUCGAUUAAAAAAGGACAACAGGUCUUUAUAAAUUAUGGGCCACAUGACAAUUAUUUUCUCUUGAUAGAAUACGGAGAAGUUUUUGAGAUUGAAUUGGAGGAACAAGAGAAGAUAAUGAAGCACGAAACGUUGAAAAACGAAGGAUUUUUGGGUGAUUACACAAUACAUAAAUCAUACGCUUCAUUUAGAUUGUUAAACUCACUCAGGCUACUAUUUAGUAAAAACAAUAGUGAGAUACAGGAAUGGAAACAAGUAAUCAGAGGAAACAGAGAAAUCAUUAAUGAAAAUAAUGAAAGAUUGAUAAAUGAUUGGUUAGAGAAAAUUUGUAAUAGAAAAAUACAAGAAAUUAAUCAAAUAUUAAAUGAUAUUGAUAAAAGCGAGAAAGGGAAGACGCAGGUUGGUAGUGGUAAUGUUGUUUGA